AUGAACACUGCAGAGGACUGGGGCCUUAUCUUAGACAUCUGUGAUAAAGUUGGACAGUCACGCACAGGGCCUAAGGACUGCCUCCGUUCUAUUAUGAAGAGAGUAAACCAUAAAGACCCCCAUGUUGCUAUGCAAGCAUUAACGCUUCUAGGAGCGUGUGUUUCAAACUGUGGUAAAAUCUUUCAUUUAGAAGUCUGUUCAAGAGAUUUUGCUAGUGAAGUGAGCAAUGUGUUGAAUAAGGGUCAUCCAAAAGUUUGUGAAAAGCUGAAAGCCCUUAUGGUGGAAUGGACUGAUGAAUUCAAGAAUGACCCACAGCUUAGUUUAAUAUCUGCUAUGAUAAAAAAUCUUAAGGAACAAGGAGUUACUUUCCCAGCUAUUGGUUCACAGGCAAAAGCAAGUCCAGCUCUAGUUACCAAAGAUCCUGGUACAGUAGCCAACAAAAAGGAAGAGGAGGAUUUAGCUAAAGCUAUUGAACUAUCACUGAAAGAGCAAAGGCAACAGCAAACAACGCUUUCCAGUUUGUAUCCGAGCACCUCAAGCCUUUUAACAAAUCAUAAACAUGAGGGCCGAAAGGUUCGUGCAAUCUAUGAUUUUGAGGCUGCUGAAGACAAUGAACUAACUUUUAAAGCUGGAGAACUUAUAACUAUCCUUGAUGACAGUGAUCCAAAUUGGUGGAAAGGUGAAACUCAUCAGGGUGUAGGAUUGUUUCCAUCUAAUUUUGUAACAGCUGAUCUUUCUGCUGAGCCAGAAAUGAUGAAAGCUGAGAAGAAAACAGUGCAGUUCAGUGAUGAAGUUCAAGUAGAGACAAUAGAACCUGAGCCUGAGCCAGUUUAUAUUGAUGAAGACAAAAUGGACCAACUCUUGCAGAUGUUACAAAGUGCGGAUCCAUCUGAUGACCAGCCAGACCUCCCAGAAUUGCUUCAUCUUGAGGCAAUGUGCCAUCAGAUGGGACCUCUCAUAGAUGAAAAGUUGGAAGAUAUAGACAGGAAACAUUCAGAACUUUCAGAGCUCAAUGUUAAGGCAAUGGAAGCUCUUUCUUUGUAUAACAAAUUGAUGAAUGAAGACCCAAUGUAUUCCAUGUAUGCAAAACUACAAAACCAACAGUAUUACAUGCAGUCAUCUGGUGUUUCUGGCUCUCAGGUUUAUCCAGGGCAACCUCAAAGUAACGCAUAUUUGGUGGCAGGGAGUGCACAGAUGGGUCAUAUUCAAGGCUAUAAUCUUCCUCCUGAACAGCUCUCUUCUCUCAGCCAAGGCACGGUUACUCCAUCUGCCAGCUCAGUACUGCCUGGUCAGCCUGCGCAGACGUCUUAUACAAAUGCAAUGGUUGGCUCUGUUGCUGGAAAUACUUACUCUAACCAGGCGUCAGUGUACAGUCCACCACCUGCUACUGUUGAUGUUGCUGCUUAUCAGAAUGCUGGAACUAAUAUAUCCCAGGUGCCAAACUAUAACUUAGCAUCUACACCUCUGCCACAGGCAGCAGGCAGUCAGCAAGCACCUCCACAACAGCCACAGCCUCCGCCACCUCAACAACCACAGCAUAGUUACUCACAGAAGGCUCUGCUAUAGGAUCCAGGACUUCUGAUUCCUAAUCUUUAACCUCUGCUAAAGGCAGUUGGCAGUUCUAUGAGUUUCUUCCUUUAAUCUCUUAAACUUUGUUUAUCUUCAGCUUAGUAAGAAUCUAUCUUGGUGAACAAGUUCAAUUUGCACUGACUUUUUAGGAUUUUUUUUUUUUUUUUUUUUUAAUUUUGCAGAGGAAUGGAUAUAUUUAGGACAUUUAAUUCCUUUUAAAAUGCCUAAA